UCCGGCAGUCCCUGGCCGCCAACCCUCCCGAGUGCCGGCGCGGUGUUUUUUAUCGAGUGACACAGCACAAUCGGCGAGGGAUGGAGAAAGCUGUCCCUAAUUUCUCAGAGCGUCAAGGAGAUGGAGGCAGAGCCCUGUUAAUGACACCGGAGCCAAACAAAGAGACUUUUCCUGCCCUUGAGUGCCCACAAGGUGAAGACCGAAGAGCCGCUUUCCUUCAAGAUGCUAAAAAGCCCCUGGAGAACCCGGCUUUAUCUGGGACGUCGGUGGAAACGGAGACAGAGCUCGAGGAAGAUGCUUUCUAUGCCGCGGAUGAUCUGGAAACGAUGAACAGGGAGGGGAAGGGACCUUCUGGCGCUGAGCUGCGCCCGUUGCAAGAGGAGCCCGACUUCUUCUCAUCGCUCUCCCGUCAAGAGCCCGACGUUGCCCUGGAAGCGCACGACGUGGCCGAUGAGCCUGAUCCUGCCCUCUCCGGUGCCGUCCCAGCCACAGCUCACAGGACCGAACUCGGCUCCACGAAUGAAGAGCAUUUGGAGUUCAAGAAGGCUUUGUACAGAACGGAUGCCAGGAGCUCCCUAGACCUGCGAAACAUGAUGGUGUCCGGCAGCGUGACCUGGGACGCCUCCGCCCUGGAGACGAGAGCGGGCGAUGGGAGAGAAGAAAGCACUUUAGAGAGACUUUCUGGCUUGAAGGACUCCAAGGACGCGCGGUGUGUAAAUGAGUCGGCGUUCGCCGUGGAGCCCCAGGUUGUAAAUACCGUGCAGGUGGAUCCUGAGCAACUGGAGAGCGACUCCGAAGAGCUGGAGGGUGACAAGGCGGCAGCAGAGACCCCCAGCCCUUGCGCUGGGGCAUCGGGCAGCGGCGGGGAGGAGAAAUAUCUUCAAAAUGAACCAAAGCAACUUGAAGGCCUCAGCAAAGAGCACUUAGAUAAAAGCAAGAGGGGAAUCCAGAGGGUCGACUGGAUUUCUAGACCCAACAAAAGCCCAAGUCCUCACUACAAAGACAUAAACAAGCCAACAGAUGUAGCAACCAGCUUGCCCUUUCGGGGACAGCCUGUGCGUGAAGUGCCUCCUCCGCUGACGCCCACGGUGUUCAGAAAAACGCUAAACCCUGUCCUCGGCAAGUCCAAAUCCCUGGAGAGCUCCUCAUCCCACAGGAAGGGGCUGAUGGUCGACUCGGACUUGGGCGAGAUCAACCAGCUCAACGCGGCGGAGUGGACAAUCCAGAAGCCGGGUCUUCAGCUUGGCGCAGACCUCGCUGUCGGCAAACAGUCCUGGACGGUAAAUGCCGAAGACUCAGUGGAGCGGAUCCCGUUGAUGUCCCUGGACCCCGCUCCCUGCAGCUCCUACGACAUCGAGAUGAGGCCCUACGUGUGCAGCGUCUUGUUGGAGGAGCAGGGGAAAGAGGAGCUGGGUCCGGAGGAGGACCCGACGGUGUACACCUGCAUCGAGUGCAGCAUUUAUUUCAAGAAAAAGGAACAUUUGAUGGAUCACAUGCUUCAGCAUAAUCGUGGACCAGGGAGGGACCAAGACAGAGAUGCUUUGGGAGGGCAGUGUCAGUUCUGCUGCAACGAGUGCGGGUGGGCCUUUGGAGACCCCACGUCCUUGGAGCAGCACAAAAGGCUCCACCAAGAAUCUAGGGAAAAAAUUAUCGAAGAGAUCCAGAAGUUGAACGAGUUUCCGGACGAAGGCCGGGAAGCCCGGCUGCAGUGCCCCAAGUGUGUCUUUGGCACAAAUUCCUCAAAGAUUUUUGUCCAGCACGCCAAGAUGCACGUCAAGGAGAGGAAGGACCAAGGGGCAAAGAACAUUAAUCUCUUCGGAAGUGUGGGCAGCGGAGAAAUACGGGAUAGCCCCGUGCACGGCAUCUACAAACACUUCAAACCAAAUGAACACAUGUCCCUGCAGAUGCAGGUUCCACCUCACGGCAGCGCUAAAGGGCUCAGCACCUGUAUGCUCUGCAGCUUCCCGGCCCCCAACGAGAACAUCCUCAAGGAGCACAUGAAAUACGCCCAUUCUCAGCUCUCCUGGGACACGGAGGUGUAUGAGGAUGAUCCCAAUCAACCAGGAACGAGCAGAGAUGCCUACAGCCCGGCCAGGCCAGGCCGGUUUGCAGAGACGGAUUAUUUUGGCAAAGCAGACCGGCUUUUCCCUCCGCCUCACCGAGAAAGCGCCUCGCAUUACGAAGCUGUCCAUGGUUUUGCCCUAACUCACCCAAGACACGAGAAAAGCAACGGGGCUAGUAAAAAGGACUAUCAGACAUCAGGCUUUCAUGCCAGGAAAGCAGCUCCGUACGCUGCCCCGCACAAAAACCUGGGGUUGUCCGGUUUUUCCUCCGCUAAAGCUUAUUCCCAGUUCGCUCUGCAGCAGCUGAAAAAAAAAGCAGCAGCUCAGCACCUUGAAGGAGAAGGCGACGGUCUCAGGAGCCACCCGAUGGGGUUGGAGGAGCUCAGGCACAAGUGGAUGUUGGCCAAUGAUGCUGGGAGCAUGGAAGAGGAGAUCUCUGUAAGCACAGAAAUAGAUUUGAGCGAGAACAGAGGCGUCAAACCCAUCACCAUCCCUCAAGCUGCCUUGGACCUCAAGAGGACGUUCAGAGACGCCUUGAAAGCCACAGACUCUUCGAUAGCUUCGGAGGAGCAGCAGCAGCAGUUGCGGAAGAUGGUGCCCAUCAUCCUCCUGGAGGAGGUGAACCUGCACCCCAAGGCGACGAAGCGGCCCCGGGGGAAACCGUACAAGAAGAAAACGACGCUCCCUUCCCGGGAAUUCAUGAUGGAAGAGCCCCUUCCCUUGGAUAUGCUCCUGUUGGACGCUCCUCUGGAGGGUCCUCUGGAGCUCGAUGACCUCUUGGACUCCGACUCGCCCAUGCUGAAGAACGAGGAGAGGAAAUGUCCCUACUGCCCAGACAGGUUUCACAACGGGAUCGGGCUGGCGAACCACGUACGGGGCCACCUCAACAGGGUGGGGGUGAGCUACAACGUCCGUCACUUCAUCUCGGCAGAAGAAGUGAAAGCUAUUGAGCAAAAAUUUUCCUUCCAAAAGAAGAAGAAAAAAGGUAUUGCAAACUUCGACCCGAGUACUUUCAGCCUGAUGCGAUGCGAAUUCUGCGGGGCCGGUUUCGACACGCGAGCGGGUCUCUCCAGCCACGCCAGAGCUCACCUGAGAGACUUUGGGAUUACCAACUGGGAACUCACCAUCUCGCCCAUUAACAUCCUCAAGGAGCUGUUGGCCAACUCAUCGGAGUAUCCGAUGCUGCAAGCGGCGAUGGGAACGGAGCCCUCGUCCCCGAGCCGAGAGAGGGAAGCUCACGGCUUCGUGCCCCGCAAGACCAUGACCCCCAUGUCCGAGUGCAGCAUUCCACGGUCUCCUCUGUCCCCGUUCCCCCCAUCCUGGGGAGAUGAGUCCCUGCAGUCCUACCGAGAUGCAGUCCUGGCUCCGGAAGAGGAAGAACUGGUGGCCAUGGAGGUGGGUUCACCCCCUCUCCCGAAAAAAAGUGUUCCCGCCGGGCAGCUGGAUCAACCCCCCACCAGGAUAGGGACCAAACUGUCUCCUGAGCCUCCCGGGAACAAGCCAGAGCCUCAGGACUCCAAAACCCAGAACCUUACGACGUGCGAAGUAUGCGGCGCCUGCUUCGAAACCCGCAAAGGUUUAUCCAGCCAUGCCCGUUCUCACCUACGGCAGCUCGGCGUGGCCGAAUCGGAGAGCAGCGGGGCUCCCAUCGAUUUGCUUUACGAACUGAUGAAACAAAAAGGCAAACCCGACGGCAGCCCCAUGUCUCCCACCCUCGGCAAAAAAUCCGGUUCCCCCAAAGAUGUCACCACCGGUUCCCCUCGACCCACGCUCCUGGCGCUCGGCAAGGCUGGCGAGCGCCCGCCGGACGGUCCCGUUAAUAAAGCCAUCAAAUCCCCUCCCGGCUUCUCCAAAAACCUCUCGCAACCGGGAUCCCCGAUCCUUAAGAAGGUGCCACCUGCUCUUUCGGGCUCCCCGUCUCCGAAAAACCCCGAGGAGAAGAGCUCCAAGCUCUCGCUGAGCCCCCUGCAGAGCUCCCCGAAAGCACAGUGGCCGCAGGCGGAUGAGGAAGGACCCCUCAAUUUAACCUCGGGCUCGGAGCCAGUGCGAGACAUCCGCUGCGAGUUUUGCGGCGAAUAUUUCGAAAACCGCAAAGGUUUGUCGAGCCACGCUCGAUCCCACCUCCGACAGAUGGGGGUGACCGAGUGGUACGUCAACGGUUCGCCCAUCGACACGCUCCGGGAAAUCCUCAAACGGAGAACCCAACCGCGGAGCAGCGCCUCGAAUCCCACCGGUCCAGGACAAAAAGCGAUGGCCAAGACCCUCUUGGGCAGCAUGGGAGCCUUGGAGCCACGCGGGCCCGGAGAGAUUCACAUCCCCACCCUCACCAAGAAGAAGAAACUCAAACAAGAUCAUCUGAGGGUGGAAAUCAAGCGGGAGAUGAUGUCGGGAGGACUCCACGGAGAACCUCACCCCUCUGACCGAGCCUGGUCCCCGCGGGAAGAGAUGUCUCCCUUGAACCUCUCCUCCCGAGCGGACCCGGUGCGAGACAUCCGCUGCGAGUUUUGCGGCGAAUAUUUCGAAAAUCGCAAAGGUUUGUCGAGCCACGCUCGAUCUCACCUCCGACAGAUGGGGGUGACCGAGUGGUCGGUCAACGGUUCGCCCAUCGACACGUUACGGGAGAUCCUCAAGAAGAAAACCAAACCCUGCGUUAUCAAGAAGGAACCCCACACCUCCAGCAUUGAACCCCCAAAAUCUAUCGGGGAGGAAGGGACGGACCCCAAGGGUGCUGGAAAAAUCCUUCAGGGCAUGGCCCUGCCUCCCCUGGGCGGGCGGACGGGGAAACCCAACCCCGGCAGUUCCACCUGGAACCGGGAGAUCUCGUUGUCACCUCUCAGCAGCAAACCCCAGGGUGGUUUCCUGACGCCGUUAUCCACCAAACGACCGUUACAGGACGAUCGCUUGGGUCCUCAUGCCGAAGUCAAGCACAAGGCGUACAUCCAAACCGAGCUGCCCUUCAAAACCAAGUCUGUGCACGACAAACCGGCACACACGUCCAGCGAAGCUUGCUGCGAGCUGUGCGGCCUCUACUUCGAAAACCGCAAAGCCUUGGCCAGCCACGCGCGGGCGCAUCUCCGGCAAUUCGGCGUCACCGAAUGGUGCGUCAACGGUUCGCCCAUCGAGACCCUCAGCGAGUGGAUCCGACACCGACCCCAAAAAGCCGGCGCUUACCGUAGCUACAUCCAAGGCGGACGACCCUUCACCAAGAAAUUCCGAAACUCUUCCCACGCCCGGGAUCACGACGGCGGCGCUCGACGGAUGCCGCUCAGCCUUCAAGCUGGCGGCGUGACCUUUCUGAGCAAAGGAUUGGCGGGAGAAUUGGCUCACGGUGACGCCGGGAAAAUUUUGGAUGGGGGAAGCGGCGGUGAGCGGCCCAUGAUCACCUCCCCCCUCUCGUUGGUGAAGGUGGAGGAACAUCAACGCUCGAACAUCAACAGUGAGUUGGGAAGAAGCAGUCCUGGAGAGGGCAGAGGGGGUCUCCAACACCGGCAGAGCACCGGGGGAAAAAACCCUGCCCUGUCCCCUCUGCCCCUUCCCGGCAGCACCGGUGGCAGCUAA